AUGCCAUUGCUGGAUUCGGUGAGGACCUUAGUCCAGUCUACAACCGAACUCAAAGUUAAACAGGCUACUGAUGAGAACGAAAGUUCAGGUGCCACGGGAACGCUUAUGAACGAAAUUUCAGUGCUCACAUACAGUCCAAAGACUUUGAAGGAAAUCGUACAAGUCGUGAGGAAACGUCUGAUGGGCCACGGUCGAAGGAAUUCGCACAAGAUCUGCAUUCACCUCGUGAAGACGCUUACACUGGUAACUUACCUGAUGAACAACGGCUCCAAUGACUUUAUCGCAUGGGUCCGGGGUAAUAUGGCCCUCGUAGACUGCUUGAAGGAGUUCAAUGUUCAGGAUCGCAACGACGAGAAAAUAGGCCAACAGAUACGAGCCAUGUCACAAGACCUGUGCACCUUAAUCAAGGAUGAUGAUCUUCUUGAGAACCGCAGAGCAGAAGUUAUCCAGUUCAGAUCCAGCAUAUCUUCACCUGGAAGGAAAUCUACAGACAAUAGUCAUUUAAAGAAAUGGUCUAGCACAGGCAGAGCAAGCUCAGAGCGUGCGUCGCACGUUCUAAGCAUGUCACCGAUCACACCGAGCUCUGCAAGCGAAUUCCAAUGUACAUCAAAUGCCACACGAUACUACGAUCGUGGGCUUACUAGUCUAGACCUGAAGAGAAGGUUCGUCAGAGGUCCUAGCACUGAUCAUUCUACGCUAGAUCCUUUACAUGAAGAAGAAGACAUACAAGCCGGAUCGGUCCCAUUGAAAACUUCCACGAACCCGUUCCGUUGA